AUGACAACGGAAUCCGAUAUAACUACUUUUCUCACCAAGAACAACAUUACCUGCACGCCAUCCAUCACGCCAUACCUUACUUUUGCCCAGCUUCCCAUUCCUGAUAGCCUCCGUAUGCCGUUGACCCGUUUCCCUGCCCCCACCCCCAUCCAAGCCUGCGCCUGGCCACCCGCCCUCGAGGGGCGCGACGUCGUCGGCAUCGCCGAAACCGGUAGCGGCAAAACAUUCGCCUUCGGAAUCCCUGCUCUCGCAAAAUUGAUCAGGAACCCGCCGAGUAAAGACGGCGUCACUACCCUCGUUAUGGCACCCACUCGCGAGCUGGCUAUGCAAACACACGAUGCUCUCGAAGAACUCGGGAAGCCAUUUGGGAUCGGCAGUGUUGCCGUGUAUGGCGGGGCGCCGAAGGAGGCUCAGAUCAAAAUGCUCCGGAACGCGAUGCGGGCCAAGGGGAACAAGGUCACCACGAGGAUUGUUGUUGGUACGCCGGGAAGGAUAUUGGAUUUAAUUGGAGAAGGAGUUUGUGAGUUGGGUGGAGUGGAUUAUCUGGUUCUGGACGAAGCCGACCGGAUGUUGGACCAGGGAUUUGAGAAUGCCAUUAGGCAAAUUACCUCGUGUACAAAAAAGAACGAGGAGAGACAAACGAUGAUGUUCAGCGCGACAUGGCCCGAGUCGAUUAGGCGACUUGCCAGCACUUUCCAGCGUGAUCCAGUGCGGAUUACUGUUGGUAGCGAAGAUUUAACCGCCAAUGGCCGGGUGGAACAGAGCGUAGAAGUUUUCGAUGACGAACGAAGUAAAGAUACCCGGUUACUCAAGCAUCUACGUACGAUUUUGCCAAACAAGAUGGCUGGUACCACGCAUCGUGUUCUUGUUUUCGCGUUGUACAAGGCUGAGGCUUCUCGCGUAGCAGUGUUGUUGAAGCGUGAAAAAUACCGUGUCAGCGAACUGCAUGGGGACAUGAAGCAACCGGCUCGAACGGCAGCCCUGGAGGAUUUUAAAACGGGACGGACCAAUGUCAUGGUGGCCACAGACGUGGCUGCUCGUGGAUUGGAUAUUCCUGAUGUUGGUGUGGUGAUAAACUAUACAUUCCCUUUAAAAGUUGAGGACUAUGUACACCGGAUUGGGCGAACUGGUCGUGGUGGUCGUACCGGCAAGUCGAUAACAUUUUUUACGGGCGCAGCGCACGAAAAAUCAUUGGCUGGUGAAUUUGCGAGGGUGCUGAGGGAAGGUGGAUACGAUAAUGAGGAGCUCCGGAGUAAGUUCCCAAUGACGAUAAAAAAGAAGGAACACAGCGCGUACGGGGCGUUUUUCAGAGACAACAUAGAGAUGCCAGUGGGGAGGAAAAAGAUUGUCUUUUAG